CGUAGAAAUAGAUGAGUGUAUUGUGACUGUGUUUAGAUAGUGAAAACUAUGAAGUAUUUCAAAGUUAUGAUGUUACUAGGGCUGCUUUUCACAAGUUGCCCAGGCAGAAGUGAUCGUCAAAAGAGAGCUCUAGUUUUCCCUCCCACCAGUCUUUACGGGACGUUCGUAGCCAUAGCCGUGCCCAUAGACAUUCCCGACAAGAACGUGUUCGUUUCGUACAACUUCGAGUCCAACUACAGCGUCAUCACCAACAUCACCGAGAUUGACGAAGUCCUGUUCCCAAACCUGCCGAUUAUAAGUUCCCGGCAAACACGGAGCAUAACGCGGGAGCUGGCAUACACUGUAUUGGAAAACAGAUUUAAGGAACAUGGCAUGAAUGGGAAGGAGUGCAUGCUGAGAAACAUUUGCGAGGCUGCGGAGACCCCGCUACACCACAAUGGACUCCUUGGGCACAUCAUGCACAUUAUAUUUACGCCAUCGUCAUCGCGCGAAGAGGGUCUAGAUGAUGACUACUACGAAGCCGAGUUGGAGGGCCAGAGAGGGAACUGUGACAGGUACCUCGACGACUGCCCCCUGAGCUUGUUCGACCUCAUAACAAGGCUUGUGGAGAUAAGGCACAAAUGA